AUGGAUCCAGCUCAGGAAAUAGAAUUAAACGCUUUGGCUCGCCAGAAACCUAUGAACGACGUGAUAGAUCGUUUUGACUCCAAUGUGCAACAGUUUUACCAAGGUGUGACGAUAUUUAUGACUGGUGGAUCUGGUUUUAUUGGAAAACAACUGAUUGAAAAAUUGUUCAGAUCAUGCGCUGUAAAGAAAAUCUUCUUACUGAUAAGAUUUAAAAAAUCGAUGACUAUACAAGACAGGCUAAACAAGAUACUCAAGGACCCGGUGUAUGAUGGUCUACGUAAAAAGCAACCGCAGUUUUAUGAAAGAAUAGUUCCUGUGGAAGGAGAUAUUACUAACAUCAGACUUGGACUAUGUGAUAAAGAUUGGAUCACACUUACAGAAGAGGUGAAUAUCAUAUUCCAUGUUGCUGCAACAGUGAAUUUUGAAGAACCACUUCGGAAGGCAACACUCACCAAUAUUCGAGGUACCAGGGAGGCACUUGAUCUAGCCAAGAGCUGCAAUAACCUGAUAAAAUUCGUGCAUGUAUCCACAGCGUUUUCCUUUGCAACAAAAGACCGCAUCAAUAAAGACGUAGAGGAAAAGUUUUAUACAUGUCCAGUACCUCCUGCUACGAUGAUAUCUCUCGCUGAGUCUGCUGAAGAAAGUAGAUUGGAUAAUAUCACUAAGGAAUUAAUAGAGGGCUGGCCUAAUACUUAUACAUUCACAAAGUGUAUUGCUGAGGAAUUGAUCAGAACAACAGCUGAAAAUUUACCAAUAUGUAUUGUGAGACCUGCAAUAGUACUUCCAGCAUACUAUGAGCCAGCACCUGGAUGGUUAGAUAUCAGCACUUUGGCAGGAGCCAGCGGCAUAUACUUAGGAGCAGGUCUUGGUGUCCUCCGAGUAUUUUGGACAGACGUUAAUUCAUAUUUAUCUGUGGCUCCUGUUGAUUACGUGAACAAUGCAAUAAUAGCUGCAGCCUGGGACUCAACUGAGAGGAAAAAAAAUGGCGAAACCGAUAUCCCUGUGUACACGUUGGCAAAAGAUUUGAAAUUUGGUUUUAUAGGAAUAGUUUCCCGCAGGGAAAAGCGAAAAUUAUCAACUCCAAAAUCAAUAUGGCGAAGUCAAUUAUUAGAAGUGAAUAGUAAAAUACUGUAUGUUAUAUUGGCAUGGCUCUUACAUUAUAUACCAGCAUAUAUAUUAGAUUUUACGUGUUUUGUGACUGGAAAAAAACCAAAGAUUAUAUCGUCAUUUGUGGACCUUUACCGAAAGAUAGAUAAACUGACUGAAGUAUAUGUCUAUUUUACAACAAAUACUUUCAAAUUUAAAGAUGACAAUGUAAAAAAUAUGAUUAAAAGAAUGAAUGACGCUGACAGAGCUAUAUACAACUGCAACUUGGAUCAAAUAGAUUUAGAGGACUAUAUAUUAGUCUGGGGGCAAUUGGACGAUAGAGUAGAAUACAAGCAGUUACCCACCAUCCUGACAUAA